AUGCAUCCAGAACGGCUUCCGACUCUGCCAUCCAUCAUUCAAGUUUUGUCGCCCUGUUGUCAAGUCGCACCCGGCCAGGCAUUGUCUAACAGCCCUGAUCAUACCUUUGUCUCAACCACAACUUGUCUGAGCUGCAUUUGUUCUACAAAUCUCUCCGAUUCCCACUCUGUUAGAUCAGUCGAUGUACCGACUUAUCAGCUCUCAGCUCAGCAACAGCUUCAUCUUCCAACGUCGAUCCAUUCAUAUUCCUCGAAUUUCGCCAACAACCAAAUUCGGCAUCCAAGAGCUGGUUUACCUGAGCCUACACGACUUGCCGGCCCUGGGCAUUCUGACGAUGUUAUUGGUAGAGAUGUUGUUUCCCGUGCUCCCUUAAACGACGAGCUCAAAUCGCCUCUUUCGCUGCAACAGGUCUCGGCAUAUUUACCUAGUCAUUUAGAGUCAUCAACAUUCCCACUAUCGUCACACGGACAGCAACGACCACAUGGAAUUUAUCAAAAUCACCAUCCAAAUCAAAAUCUUCAUCAGCUUCAGCACCAGCAUCAAGCUUCAUUGAUACAGCGCCGUCGGCGGCAGUUGGUUUCUUCGGGGAACCGAUCAUGUUCUCGUAAUUUACUCGCCUCUUCAGGAUUCGACUUAUUUUCACCAGUUGAGACUAACCCUCAACCUUCUAGACUCUCGGCUUUUCCAGCCAUUCCCCCUCUGUUGUCUGCGCCGCCCCUUUACUCUCCCUCUCGCAGAGCUUAUGACUUACCCACUUCAAUCAUGCCCACUACGUCCAAUCCCAUCCUUAUCGCUCCUCAUCCAUUGUCCCUCAUACCAAGUUCAUCUGCUCAAUCGACGGGACCUGUACAGACUGUGGAAGCCUGCGAUUCCGCCCUCUCCGAAAAGCGUUUGGCCUCUCUAAACCGAUAUGGAUUGCAGCUAGAGUUCGGACUUGGCUCUUGCCCGGAUUCCCGAAUUGAAUCCAGCCUUAUUCCUGCGCCUGGUUAUGAUCUCAAGUCCCGGAUUCCUCCUAAACCUAACGCAAGCAGUGGAUCUAAGUUAGAAUCCUUGCAUAAGCUAAACUCACCCGAUGCAUUUAAGUCGGCUUCUCAGAUCACUCAAAAUAAGAGGCUGAGGUGCUAUCUGGAACUACCUGCAAAAGUCAAGGAUCCUAUCGACUGCUCUCUUCCACAACAAUCGGCUGCUGAGGGUUAG